UUCCUUUAGAUCUGCUAGAAAUGUUCAAUAUACCAGAAAAACCAGUUAUUUUCCGUGGUAAUGAAUCACGUCAAGACGUAGCCAAAAGAUUCAUGAAAGAAGUUACCGAGAUUGUGAGAAAAGUUGAAGAUUUGCUUAAAACAAAUAAACCUAUAAUAAUAACUGAAGAAGAACAAAAGACACAUGUAAUGAAAAUUACUUGCGAUUUAUGUAAAAAUAAAUUUUCCGACAAAAACCAUAAAGUGGCAAAUCACUGCCAUUUAUCAGGGAAAUUCGGGCAUACACUAUGUAACACCUGUAAUUUAAAGUUGGAAAAACCAAAUUUCGUCUCGUGUAUUCUACACAACUUAACAAAUUACGAUGCACACUUUAUAGUGACAGAGUUAGGAUGCGAUACUAACCAAACCACAGUCAUUCCAAACAGUGAAGAAAAGUUUAUUUCAUUUUCCAAACACGUUUCCAACAACUUCACAAUACGGUUUAUAGACUCUUGCCGUUUCAUGCCUUCAAAACUAUCAAAACUUGCAGAAAAUUUAAUUAUUUAAUUACCUCCAAUCUUGAA